UAUGAACUAUAUAAGAAAUGGAUAACUUUGUCCAAUAUUAUUAAAAGGUGUACUAAAUAGAAAAUAAGAACCCUUAUUUGAAGUUGAGAGCUUAGAAUAGAGAAUUAAAAGAAGACUUCUAAAUGUAAUAUAUUUAUCAAAAGUAAUGUUUCAUGUUACAAUUUGUAAAAUAAUUGAUAAUGUUAGUGGUAUGGGAAUGCGGUAGAAGAAAACCAUAAUUUUUGAAAAACUUAAAUAUUGAUUAGAUUUACUUGAAUAAAAAUGAAUAAGAAGAUGCUAACGUAUUUAUUUUCGAGGAGGAUCAAUAAAAUAACAAUAUUUAGAAAUAAACACCUUAGUAAAUACUAUUUAAGUUAUGUAAUUGCAUUUGAUUUUCUUUUAGUUUACACUUUAGGUUUUAAUCUUAAAAAUGAAAUAUUUUAAUUAGAGGACCCUACCUAAGAUAUUAUAAAUGAGCUUUAUUAACUCAUUUUUGAAGAGUUAAGAAAUGAAUCUUAAAUAAGAAUUUCUGAGAAAAAGAUUAUAACACAUCUUUAUAAUUUAAAAAUUUUGGAUACAAAAUAUAAUAAACCCCAUUCAAGAGUUUAUCUCAUUGAGAAACCUUAUUUUAUUAAUUCUGAAAGAAAUACAAUUGUUGUCAAAUGGGUAAAAUAUGAUAGUUAAGAAAAUUUGAAACUCUAUUUAGAUAGAGAAAUCAAAUUAUUAGAAAUGGUUAAUGAUUCUGAAAAUUGUACAAAGAUGUUUUGUUAUAACAAUAUUUAUGAUGAAUAAUUUAUAUUUAUGAGGUUCUAUCAUGCAACUUUAGAAGACUUAAAUAACGAAAUAGGUAAAGUUUAAUUAAAUAUAAUUUAAUUAUUGCAUUUAAUCAAAUAAAUGUUAUUAGCAUUAAAGGGUCUUCAUUCCAGAAAAAUUAUUCAUAGAGAUUUAAAACCAUAAAAUAUUAUGUUUGAAUACCUUAAUGAAAAUAAAAAUAUUUAAGAAACGAGAUGUGUAUUAAUUGAUUUUGAUAGAUCUGAUUAAAUUUAAAGAACAAUUUAAUCGAAUUUAAACUUAUAAUCUUAUUAUGAAGGCACUCCUGAUUAUCAACCUCCUGAAGGAACCUAAGAAAAGUAUACUGCAUCAUAUGAUAUAUGGCAAUUAGGAUAUAUUAUAUAAUGCAUAUUAUUAAGAGAUAAAAAUAAAGCUUAUUCCAGACUAAAAGAUAGACCAGAUGAAGCUUAAUAUUUAAAUAUUUUCAAAUCAGAUCAUUAAAAAGUUAAGGAAUAGUAUCCACAAUUUUAUGAUCUACUGAUAUAAAUGAUGCAUUAUUAUCCAAAUAAAAGGCCUAACUUAGAAGAAAUUGAAUAAGUAAUAUAUAAAAUUUAAUGAAUAAGAUUAUAGAUUUAUAUAUAAUUUUUAUUAUUGAUAUUAAUAAUGGAAGGUAAACAAUAUCUCUUAAUUAGAAAUCUUUAAAUUCCCUUAAAGUAAAUUCUUUAUUGUUAAAUACAAAUUAAAAGCUUAAAUUGACUCAAGCUUAAACAAUAAAGUCAUUUUCAUACCAAAAAAAUUUGAUAAACAAAUUGAUCGUGUUAUGGAAAAGUCCAAAUAUGUAGGGAUAUUUCUAAGUUGUUCGGAUGAAAAAUCAUUCCUAGCCUUUGGGAUUUUACAAUCGUAAUCUAUUGAAUUUGAAUUCUUAACUGUAUACCUUAUUAUUAACAAAUUAGGAAGACUUAAAAAUUAAUCUAAGUGAUUUGAAAGGCAAUUCAGAUUCAUUUUUCAAAGUUGAUUGGACACUUAAAGGAGUGCUCAGCUAUGAAAAGACUUAAAAAAUAAAAAAUGAUUUGAAUAACUCAUUGCCGGUGAAUUAAUCUAGAGAAGUUUAAGAAUUAUCAGGAUCAAAUGCAGAAGAGGUAUUAACUUAUUCUAAUCUUAAGCUUCAUUCACUUCUUUUAAAAUAAAAAACCUAUAAACCUUAACCUUUGCAGGAUAUUCGAUUGCCAUAAUAAUACAAUUAACAAACAUUACCAAAAUAUCCUAAUAAUAGUGAUGAAUAGAUAUUAAGAAAAAAAGUUUAAAGUAGAAGCAGAAGUAGAGAUAAAGAUAAAGAGAAAUCACAUGAUAAGAGAAAAUCAAGCAAAGACACAAAUGAUGAUAGAGGAAAAUUAUAAGAUAAAAGAAAACAUGAAUAACAUGAAAGAAAAGAUAGCUAUAGAAAUAGUUAGGAUAGACAUAAUAAAAACAGAAGGAGUAGAGAUAGAAGAAGUAGAGAAAAAAGCAAGAGAAGCUAAGAUAUAAAAAGUGAGGAUCGAAGAAGUAAAGAUAGAAAAAAUAGAAAUGAUUAGAAUAAAUGGCAAUUUCAUAAAGAGUUUGUUGAUGACAGUAUACAAAUACAUAAUAGAUAUAGAAUAAGUACAGAGUGAAGUUGGAUUUAAAGAUAAAGACAGAUUGGAAAAAGAAAAAUAGUAAAGGGAAUAACGAGAGAGAGAAAGAGCGAAAGGUUAAAGAGAAUAGAGAGAUAGAGAAUUAUAGAAAAUGACAGAUAAUAUAAAUCUUAGAUAAUCUUCAGAUUGGGAUAAAGAUAAAAGAAUUGAAUAUGAAUAAGAGCAAUUUAAAUUAAAAGAUAAAAAAGAUAAAGAGUAUGAUAGAUUGAAAGAGAAUGAAAAGGCAAAAGAAAGAGAAAUGGAAAGAGAAAGAGAAAAAGAAAAAUAGAGAGAGAAAGAAAAGGAAAGAGAAAGAGAAAAAGAAAAAGAAAGAGAAAAGGAAAAAUAAAGAGAAAAAGAUAAAGAAAAAGAAAGGGAAAGAGAAAGAGAAAAAGAAAGAGAAAGAGAAAAAGAAAGAGAAAGGGAAAGAGAAAAAGAAAAAGAAAGGGAAAGAGAGAGGGAAAGAGAAAGAGAAAGGGAAAGAGAAAGAGAAAGAGAAAAAGAAAGAGAAAGAGAGAAAGAAAGAGAAAAAGAAAAAGAAAAAGAAAAGGAAAAAGAGAGAGAGAAAGAGAGGGAAAGGGAAAGGGAAAAGUAGAGAGAAAAAGAAUUGGAGAGAGAAAAAGAUAGGCAAAGAUAAAAGGAGAAGGAUAAAUAUAGAGAAAAAGAUGAGGAUAAAGAAAAAUAUAGAAGUAAUAGAUAUGAAAAAAAAGGUGAACACUAUUAAUAAAAGGAUAAGAAUGUUCAUCAUUAUGAUGAUAAAAAGAGGAGAAGAUCAAGGGAUAGAUCAAGAGAUAAAUAGAAUUAUUCAAAUGAUAGAAGAGACAGAGAGAAAAGGGUAGAAAAAGAUAGAUCUGAUAGAAAGCAUAAGAUAAUGAAAUAAGAGGUCAAAAGAAAAAGUUCUUCUUCAUCAUAAAGUUAAAAAAAUAGAUAAGUUGAAAUAAAAAUAACAUAAAAUCCCAAUUCAAAAAAUAUUAAACUUUAAGAAGAUUUGAAACCUAAAAGAAAAUAUGAGUAUGAAAAUGAAUUUUAUAGCAAAUCUGUAUCUUUGUCUCCUCAUGAAAAAUAAAUAGAAAUUUUAGAGCCAGUUAAAACACCUGAAAAAAUUUAAAUCGUAGAAAGUAUUCCUGUCUAGAAUACUGUACCUUAAUAAAAUUAAAUACCAUCUGUUAAUAUUUAACCUCCAAAAUAACCAACAAUUUAAUAGGUUGAAGUUGUAAUUGAAAAGAAAGAAGAAAUUCCAAGGAUUGUGAUAUAAGAGAAUGUUAAAAGAGUAUUGGUAUUGGGUUAAGACAAACCUCAACCAACUCAAGAAUCAAAUUUUUAGCUAUAAACCGGUUCUAUGAAAAUUAUUAAAAGCGCUACAGGAAAUACAACCCAAACAAUUAUUGUUCAGAAGCAAACAACAUAGGAUACAAAAUUAGGAUAAAAUCAUUUAAGUGGUCAAGAAAAAAUAAAGGAUCGUAUCAUAAUUAAAAAUAAAUGA